AUGCCGCUGAGACUUUUCGAGAAGAUGCGCGCCAAGCGCAAACCUUCAACACCCGACGAUGUCAACGAACCCAACUCCGACGGCGACGUCCGCGCAAGCUGGAUAUCUCUGUUCGGCUUCACAGCUCGAAGACAUCUGUCAUUUCUUAUUGCUGCAGUUGCUGUUGCUCUUGUUGCUAGCUGUGUGACUCCAGCUCUGGCAUUCUUCUUCGGUGAUCUGUUUGACGCAUUUACUUCUUUCGGUGCUGGCAACAUCGAGGUCGAUUUAUUCCGAGAGCUGAUUGUUCAAGGUAUUAUCCCAACAGUUGGACUCGGCGCAAUUGCCUGGUUUCUGAACGGGGGAUACUAUGCUCUGUUCUUUGCAUUUGGACAACUGCAAUCUUCGGUAUCACGCAGUCGAGUCUUCCUCACGUUGUUGAAAAAAGAUGUCGAGUGGUUCGAGGCCAAGAGCGAAGGCUCGGGAGCUUUCUUGUCCAGAGUUCAAGCACACUAUGAUGAAAUGCAGACGGCUUUAUCGCAACCUCUGGGACUUGUCCUGCAAUAUUCCGGUCGCUCAAUUGCCUGCUUCGGCCUAGGUCUUUACACCUCUUGGGAUUUGUCGCUCGUCACUCUCGCUGGCAGUCCCUUCUUGGUCGGUAUCAUCAUGUACCUCUCAUGGAGAAUCAAGAGCGUAAUCGAGGCCCAACAGGUCGAGCUUACCAAUGCAUCCAAGAUCGCCAACAACGCAAUCACCAAUAUUGACACCGUCAAAUGCCUCAAUGGACAGAACUCUGAGGGUGAAAGCUUCUCUGAGCACAUUCGCCGAUCUGCAACAAUCUACAUUCGACAGGCUCGAUUGUAUGCGCUCCAGGCCACAUUCAACCAGUGGAUGAUGUUCGGAAUGUUUGUCCAAGGCUUCUGGUAUGGUGGAUAUCUGGCUGGUACUGGCCGACUUUCUCCGGGAGAGGUGUUGAGAACCUUCUGGGCUUGUCUCACUGCAGCCCAGUCAGUUGAAAUGAUACUUCCGCAGAUAAAUGUGAUGGAGAAAGGCAAAAUUGCCAGUGCCGCCCUGAAGUCGAUUGUGCGCAUUCUGGCGAGUGACAGAGCAAAUGAUGAGCUCAACGAAAAUCGAUACCCAAUGUACUGCAAAGGCGACAUCGAAGUCAGAAAUGUCUCCUUUUCGUACCCAAGCCAGCCUGAUCAAGUCGUCCUGAAAUCGUCGCGAUUCUUCUUUCCGGCCGGAAAGACUACCUUUGUCAUUGGGAAAAGUGGAUCUGGAAAGAGUACACUCAGUCAGCUACUGAUGCGGUUCUACCAGCCAACCUCUGGUGAGAUCUUCAUUGAUCAACAUCCAAUCAAAGAGCUUGAACUCAACUGGAUUCGAAACAACAUCACACUGGUGGAGCAAAAGAUUGUUCUCUUCAAUGAUUCGGUUCGCGCAAAUAUCGUCUCUGGCCAGAAUGACCACGAGAGUGUCACGAUGGAGGAUCUGAAUGAAUGCAUUAAGCUUGCCAUGCUUGAGGAUACCAUCGACGGUCUCCCCAAAGGCAUCGACACAAGUGUUGGUCCGGGUGGAAGCUUCCUCAGCGGUGGUCAGCGACAAAGAGUUGCGAUUGCCCGAGCUAGACUGCGUGACACACCGAUUUUGAUUCUGGAUGAACCUACCAGUGCUUUAGAUCACAGCAAUCGAGUUGCAGUGAUGAAAGCGAUUCGCACCUGGAGGGAGGGGAAGACCACCAUCAUCAUCACCCAUGACAUGUCGCAUAUCAUGGGAUAUGAUUACCUGUACAUCCUAGAACACGGCACCAUCGUAGACUCGGGGUUUCGUUCUGGCAUUGAAGUCAAGCCGGUGAGCGAAAAGUAUUUCGGGUCAAACGCCAACGAAGCUUCAAGCGAGAUGGACCAGGGCACAUCCGGGUCUGAUGCGGAGUGGGAAAAUGCUUCGUCGGAUAUCGUGCAAUCUCCGUUGCCUGUACGUACACGUCGUCACACUAGGACCUCAUGGGCUCGAAGCGAUAUUCCCUUUGUUCGGUUUAGCAUGUUGCCCGCCAUCCCAAACUGGAACACGACUUACUCGGUGGAUUCAAGAGAGCCUGCACGACCCGUUCGUGACACGCAAAACCGCCUUUCUUAUGCAAAUGGUGCCUUCGAGAACAGUUCACCGGAAGUCAAUUCUGAUGUCGGUGCAGACGCAAUAGAGAUGACUCGUAUGAAUGUGGAAGGUUCAAGUUUCGAUGGUCACUCGCAUCACCAUUCGUUGACAUCCGGAUCUCAACUCACUCCAAAGAACAAGAUCGGCUCUUUGUUCCAAGUCUUGAAAACUGUUUACCCAACCAUGACACCACGCCAUCGCAUGAUAUUCUGUGUGGGCUUUGUCGCGGCACUGCUGCACGCAAGCGCAACACCACUGUUCUCAUACUGUCUCUCGCAGCUGCUCAACACCUUCUAUGCCGGAAUCGACGACGGCCAACUGACAAUGAAAUGGUCACUCACCGUACUAGGCGUUGCAAUUGGCGAUGGUCUCGCAUCCUUCUUCAUGCACUAUUUCCUGGAGAUCUGCGGUGAGGCGUGGAUGGAUGUUUUUCGAACAAACGCUUUCAACCGAAUUCUCGAUCAACCACGUGCAUGGUUUGAUAUGGACGGCCACGGAUCACUGAGACUCACAUCCUGCCUUGAUCAAAAUGUCGAGGACAUGCGGAACUUGAUUGGUCGCUAUGGCGGAUACAUGAUUGUUGGCGCUUUCCUCACAGUCGUGGCAAUCGUCUGGAGCUUGAUUAUCUGCUGGGAGUUGACACUUGUCGCAAUUGCCUGUUCACCCGUCAUUGUCCUUGCCAGUUGGGGGUUCAAAAUUGUGGAUGAUUAUUGGGAACGACGAUGCAAAGCAGCGAAUGAUGUUGCUACUGAUGUGUUUAUGGAGACGUUCUCGGAGAUCCGCACCGUGAGAUCACUGACACUGGAAGGUCACUUCCAUCGCAAACACCUCAAGGCUCUUGAGGAGUGUCGAGUCCUUGGUUUCAAACGUUCGAUCUAUUCCGGCAUGUUCUUCGGAUUGAGUGAACCAAUGGUUAUCUUCGCAACUGCUUUGAUUUUCUGGGUUGGAGCUGAACUUGUGGCACAGGGAAAGUACAAGGUCAACGAUGUGAUGAUGGUAUUUUCGAUCCUUCUAUUCAGCAUGGGAUCUGUAGCUCGCAUUCUUCAAUGGAUACCCCAAAUCAACACUGCUCACGAAAAGGCCGCUCAGCUCAUUCCUCUCGCUCGGCUUCCUCACAAUGUAUCUCACGAGCACAUGGACACUCUGACCGUUACAAAGCUCACGCCGAUCAAACUGAAUCACGUCUACUUCCGAUAUCCAUCUCGACCACGCACAACCGUGUUAAGUGAUGUCUCUCUCACUAUCAACGCUAACUCUUGCACCGCAAUCGUCGGCCGAUCCGGAUCUGGGAAAUCCACCAUCGCCUCUCUACUCGUGUCGUUCUACGAAGCUCCACUGUCUAGCAACGGAGAACCAUCAGUGACACUCGGUGGUGAAGACAUCCUCCGCCUUCACGUACCAUCACUCCGCUCACAGAUCUCAAUCGUCUCUCAGCAGCCGACAAUCUUCCCAGGGACGAUCCGCGAGAACAUCAUCUACGGGCUCGACAAAUUCUCCCGGUUUACUUCGUCCCACUGCAUCCAUGCAGCUGCCGUAGCUGCGGGGGUUGAUGAGGUUAUCUCAUCUCUCCCCUUAGGCUACGACACUGUCAUCGGAGACGGUGGGAUCGGACUAUCCGGCGGCCAGAAGCAGCGGCUGGUGGUUGCCCGCGCUCUAGUGCGCCAGCCACAAGUCCUGAUCCUUGAUGAGGCCACGUCCAGUCUGGACCCUGCUGGCGCCGAGGUCAUUCGACAGACCGUGCAGCGGCUGGUGGCUGCACGUGAGGGCCUUACGGUCAUCAUCAUCACCCACGCCAAGGAGAUGGUCGAGAUUGCGGAUCACGUUGUGGUCCUUGACAACGGUGUGGUUGUUGAGGAUGGAUCCUACCGGGUCCUGUCGAAGCGGGUGGGGGGCAAGCUGUACGACUUGCUCUGUGACCACGAAGACUCAUGA